UUAAUAAUUGUGGGAUUUUCUAAUUUUUCAUUUUUUUUCCCCCUCACCCCCCCUUCUUUUUUUUUUUUUUUCUUUGAAGCAACUUUAUUUUUCCCCGCGCGCACGGGGAUGCGCUGAGGCCGCUCCGCCCGGCCCGGCCCGGCCUCGGCAUGUCGGGCAGCCGCCCGCCGCACCCCGCCGUGCCGCCCGCCGCCACACCGGCCUCCUCUUCCUCCUCCUCCUCAUCAUCCUCCUCCUCCUCCUCCGCGGCGGCCAUGGCCCCCGGCUCGUCCUCCUCGGGCGGCGCGGCGGCGCGGCCCGUGCUGGUGGCGGCCGCCGUGUCGGGGUCGGGCGCGGGGCUGGCCCGGCUGGCGGCGGGGGCGGCGCGGCCCGGCGGCUCCUCCGCGGCGCCGGGGGGCGGCGGCAGGAAGAGGCCGCUGCUCACCCCGCUCUGCAACGGGCUCAUUAACUCCUACGAGGACAAGAGCAACGACUUCGUGUGCCCCAUCUGUUUUGAUAUGAUUGAAGAAGCCUACAUGACGAAAUGUGGACACAGCUUCUGCUAUAAAUGUAUUCACCAGAGCCUAGAGGACAAUAACAGAUGUCCCAAAUGCAACUAUGUUGUGGACAACAUAGAUCAUCUUUAUCCCAACUUCUUAGUUAAUGAAUUAAUUCUUAAACAGAAGCAAAGAUCUGAGGAGAAAAGACUCAAACUGGACCAUUCAGUGAGUAGCACCAAUGGCCACCGGUGGCAGAUAAUUCAAGAUUUGUUGGGAACUGAUCAAGACAAUCUUGACUUAGCCAAUGUCAACCUGAUGCUGGAGCUGCUGGUGCAAAAGAAGAAGCAGUUGGAAGCAGAGUCCCAUGCUGCCCAAUUGCAGAUCCUUAUGGAAUUCCUUAAAGUUGCCAGGAGAAACAAACGAGAGCAAUUGGAGCAGAUCCAGAAGGAGCUAAGCGUUCUGGAAGAAGAUAUUAAACGUGUAGAGGAGAUGAGUGGCCUGUACUCCCCAGUCAGCGAGGACAGCACAGUGCCACAGUUUGAGGCUCCCUCACCUUCACACAGUAGUAUUAUUGACUCCACCGAGUAUAGCCAGCCUCCAGGCUUCAGUGGCAGUUCUCAGACCAAAAAGCAGCCGUGGUAUAACAGCACGCUGGCCUCGCGACGCAAGCGCCUCACAGCUCAUUUUGAGGACCUGGAGCAGUGCUAUUUUUCCACCAGGAUGACUCGUGUCUCGGAUGACAGCAGAACCACCAGCCAGCUGGAUGAGUUUCAGGAGUGUCUGUCCAAGUUCACGCGCUACAAUUCUGUCCGACCGCUGGCAACGCUGUCCUACGCCAGUGACCUCUACAAUGGCUCCAGCAUAGUAUCCAGUAUUGAGUUCGACCGAGACUGUGACUACUUUGCCAUCGCUGGAGUGACAAAGAAGAUUAAAGUCUAUGAGUAUGGUACAGUCAUUCAGGAUGCAGUGGAUAUUCACUACCCUGAGAAUGAAAUGACCUGUAAUUCCAAAAUCAGCUGUAUCAGCUGGAGUAGUUACCACAAGAACCUGCUAGCCAGCAGUGACUAUGAAGGCACCGUCAUCCUUUGGGAUGGAUUCACAGGACAGAGAUCCAAGGUCUACCAGGAGCAUGAGAAAAGGUGCUGGAGUGUUGACUUUAACUUGAUGGACCCUAAGCUAUUGGCUUCAGGCUCUGAUGAUGCCAAAGUGAAACUGUGGUCUACCAACUUGGACAACUCAGUUGCAAGCAUUGAGGCCAAGGCUAACGUGUGUUGUGUCAAAUUCAGCCCAUCUUCUAGGUAUCACCUAGCUUUUGGCUGUGCAGAUCACUGUGUUCACUACUACGACCUCCGCAACACUAAGCAGCCCAUCAUGGUGUUCAAAGGGCACCGCAAGGCAGUCUCCUAUGCAAAAUUCGUCAGCGGGGAAGAAAUCGUCUCUGCGUCAACAGACAGUCAGCUGAAGCUGUGGAACGUCGGGAAGCCUCACUGCCUGCGCUCCUUCAAGGGUCACAUCAACGAGAAGAACUUUGUGGGGCUGGCGUCCAACGGAGACUACAUUGCCUGUGGAAGUGAAAACAAUUCCCUUUACUUAUACUAUAAGGGCCUCUCAAAGACACUGCUGACAUUCAAGUUUGAUACAGUCAAAAGUGUCCUGGACAAGGACCGGAAAGAAGAUGACACAAAUGAGUUUGUGAGCGCCGUGUGCUGGAGGGCACUUCCAGAUGGGAGAAGGCCUGUGUCUCAAAGUGCUGUCAGCAUCUGCAGGAUUUGGGAAACCCACAGCCUAUUUUCAGUUUAAUUACAAUUUUGAUCCUGGGUGAGCCACUCUGCCUUAGUUUCCUAAUUAUAAGAGUUACCACACAUACCUCUCGCUGCUGGCUGUGAUCCCACCUGCUCUGCUGCAGGACUGUGUGUGUGGAAGCAGCUCCAGGCCGGAGGAGGCUGGGAAAGCUGCCUCAGAUCUACAGGCAGCACAGUAAGCAAGUUCUACAGUGCUGUGGGCACACUCUUCUCCAUUUCUUGUUGGGCUGGUUCAAAGCAUCUUGCUCAUCUCCAUGCUGUGCUCACGGGGCAACAUCUUCAGUUUGUUCCUGAGGGGUGGGAGAUGCCAGCACAGCCUUUCCCCAGGGCUCCCCAGUGGAGCAGACUCCCAGUUUCCAUACAGUGUUGCUGUCAAGGAUUGUUCUUUAAUUAACCUUUUGAGAUGAGAUGAGUAAGUUUCAGAUCUGUCAGUUAUCUUGGGAAGCAUGAGUACAUGUACUCCUUCACUUCAUGCACUUAAGUGCAAAAUCUCAGAUCCUAAUUAAAACUUAACUAAAACUUUCAGAUUAAAUGUCAUCGAUUCUUUCUUAAAUCUAUUUUUAUGUAAUUCAGGCUUUUACUUCUUCCUGAGCUUAAGUCAAGCUGUGCUAGCAGCCCUUGCCAGAACCCAUCUUUUUAUUCUUUUCCCUUCUGCAUUGCUUUUUCUUUACUUACAAAGAUGCAGAGGCCUUUUUUUAUUGGAGCUGUCACCUUUCUGACUCAAAGGUCCAGCAGCACCUUCUUUUUACCUGUAUCAAAGCCAUAAUGAGGAAGAGAAGUUAUUCUCCCUGAGUGUUUAUUAGCAUCUUGCACCAGGUUUACUCACUUUUCAAUUUAUAAAGGGAUUUAGAAAUAAGCACUAGCUUGUAGGCUACUUGUUCUGUUAGACUCUUUGGAAAAAAACAGGCAAAUGAAAAGCUUCCCAGCAGGCUGACCAUGAAGCAAGCCUGAUUCUUGCAGUGCUGUGUUUUGGACAAAGGCAAGCAGGCUGUUGGAUAUUUUUAAAAGAGCACCUACUUAUUGUUUGUGGGGAAAGCCAUUCCUCCCUUCUUGUUUUGUGUUAAAAGUUGAUCAAUAUUUAAAAGAAGAGAAGGCUUCAGGAUUCUUUUGGCUAAGUCACUUAAUAAACAUGAUUUAAACAUGGAGAUGCUUUUCAGAACAUUCCCUGGACUAAAUCCUUAAAUUUCCCAAGUCUAGGAUUUUAGAAUAUAUCCAUGCUGCUGUCCAUUUUAACCAGCUUGAUUUGAAUCAAGAAUCUGGUCUUGAGACUGAAAACUUGAGUCUUCUAUUUUAGCAGCAUGUAAACGGGGAAUGCUCUUGAAUACAGGGACACUCCUGCAAAGGGAAAGGAAAUUAUAGUAGUGGUAGUAGCUCAGUGCAUUCAAGUGGGUAGAGAUGUCCUCUCUCUUAGAAGGGUCACUGCAAUUACAUCUGGGUAUGGGGAUCAUAGCUGGAGGAGAUUGCUUUGUGCUUUGCUUUCCCUUAUGUGUCCUACAGGAUGUUUCUCCUUCCCUAAAGGGGACACCUGUUGUUUGGACCCUCUUGUAGAGUGUAUGUACUUCAAACAUGCUGUGUUAAAUGACUGCACCUAAAGCAGCCCUUUUCCCAGGCAUGGUUAGUUGUUUCUCAGAAGGCAGCUGUUGAAAGAGAAACCAAGGCUGAACCUGCUCCCAGGACAGCAGAAAGGUAUUAGAGCUGAACACAGAAGCAAUUUGAUUAUGUAGAUUAAGCAUGGCUCAAUCUAUCAUAAUCACUGUAAAGAAGCCAUUUAAUUUUGUACCUGUUUGCACAAGUAUUCAUUACUGCUGAUAAGCAGGUUACCAGGGAAGGAUUUCACAAGCAGAAAUGUCAAGGCUUUGAUACCUGAGAGGAGAUGCAGAUAAGAACAGGAGAAAGCCAUUCAAGUUAGUUUAGGUAAAGCAUCAUGUACAUUUUUUUCUUUUGGAGGAGUAAAGAAGGGGAAUCCAUUAAGAAGAGUGCUGCAGUCUCUAACUAAAGAUGGGUGGGUGGUGGGAGGUACUGGAUGGGUACAAGAGUUCUCCUGGGAGGAAGGAUGCCAGUGGUAGGAAAGUAUCUCCUCCACUGGAGUAGAAACCCAUGUUUCUUACUUCAUCAUUCCUCAAAAGUAAAUUAAAUUUUUGGGGGUCUCAAAACAGUCAUCUAACCAUGACUCAGCAGCUCUGGAACCCCAGGCUUCAGGUUGGCUUUGGGCAUUGCUCUGUGGUGGAAGUGUACUCAUAAUUAGCCCUGAAUGUCUAAACUUCUCUUUGUUAAUCUAAGAGGAUGAAAUAUUCCCUUCAAAUAGGUUUUUGGUGCACCUUUUCAGAAAACAAGCUUUUCUUCUGUUUAGUUUUCCUUUCUUCUGAACAUCCAGCUUUGUUUCUUGAUGAUGUUUGGCUUGGAUUCUUUAAAUAGAAACCUGUAAUUGUAGCACUGUAAGUUAGUCACUUAAUAGGGCUGCAGUCUUGUUCACUGAUGAAAAGUAGCCAUCCUUUGUUUCCCAGUAGUCUUAUAAAUGGUACACAGUGUACACAGGAGCUAGUCAGGGGCUCUUAUAAUUUACAAUCAGCAAAUUGGCUCCCUUUACAGGAAUUAAUUUAGCCAAUACAAAUUAUUUCAGGAAAUGAUUCAUUGCCACUUUAAAGCGCUAAUUAAUUUGGGUGACUUAUGAACAUUAAAAAUGAAACCUCCUCUGUCAUUCCCAAGUAACUGAAUGGUAAUUCAGUGUCAUUCUUAAGUAACUUGUAUCAGCUCUAACAAUACCUCAUGUAGCUUGAAGUACAAAUUCCAACGGGAUUUUGGGGGGAAAACAAAAAGCACUUGAAACUUCAUUGUCUCUCUUUGCUGCUGAAAUUUUAAAAUCUCAAAAUUGGUGAGAAUUUUAACUUCAACUCAGUAGUGUAUUUAUUUUCACAGCAUCCUCAACUUAUUAGGAAAUACCUAGGUAGAAACCAAAAGCUUAGGAGAGAAAAGCCUGCCUGGAGUGAUCAGACCCCAGCUGUCCCUUGCCUGCCUCUGAUACCAGCUGUGCCACAGCAUGAGUAGCUCCAGCUGAGGUAUUUUCUGGAAGGGCAUCUGCUGGUUUCUGACUCCUCCUUUCUUUCCUAGAUCAGGACUGGCCUGUAGCAUUUGUGUGCAGCAUCUCCCAAGCUAGUAUCAUUGCAGGUUCUCCUCCAGUGCUGUCCCACACCACUUCUUCAUGCUGGAAACACAGAGGUCUUCAUCUUCACUCUUGUGCUUGAAAUGCACAGCAGUUUAUGGAAGGCUGAGAAGGAUCAACUUCUUAAAAAACCAAGAUGUGGCUUUGAUCAGGUUUAUUCUACUGGUUUUUUCUCCCCCACCUGAAAAUCUUCAAAGGUCUCUUUACCUCCUUGGAAAGCUGUCUAAUCCCCAUAGCCUGCAUGCUGCAAUGCUCACAGCUGGCUGUGUGAUGGUUUCCCACUCCUCUUGACAUGCCCUCUGCUCUCUGGUCAUUGGCAAUGCUUUAAACACAGUUUUCUUUGACUUUUAUUUUGCUCUUUCUUUAGGUAGUAAAUGUAUUUGAUUUCUCUUCCAUCCUACCUUUUUCAUGUCUACUGCUCCCUUACUCAUUUGAAACUCUAAAAUUUUCUUUAAAAACAAAAGGAACCUGGAACAUCAGAAGAUGUGUCAUACAUGCUUGAUUUUUCCCCCCUCAGAUUUUAGCAUAUUAGUUAUGUGUACUAGCACACACUGAAUGUAUCAGUUUAUAUACUGCUUGAAAACUAUUUUCUUAUGCAGAAUAAUUUCAACUUGCAGAUAAAAGAUGUCACAAGCUAUGUAUGAUCCUUUGCUCUGAACAUGCUCAUAUCCUUUCAUAUCCAUCGCUCUUUGUAUCCUCUGGUUUGGGCUCUAUUUUUUCUGUGGCUAAGGAGAAUUAAUUAGAAAAUACUCAGGUGAUUGACAGUGUUUUAUUUCCUGUCAAAAACCAGUGUGUGUCAAAAAGUUGUGUCCAAGUGUGGAGAAAUUUGUGGGGGGGAAAAAAAUCAUAUUCUAUUAUUAACAGUUGGUGCACUGUAUUGACAUCUCAGUCUGUUGACACUCCAGUCCAUGUGAAAGACCAUCCUGAUAAUGUGAUUAUGCAAAUGACCAGCUUCUUGAGGAAGUGUUUAAUUAUGAGUGUUCUGUAGAAGAAGAAGAAUACUGGUAAAUGUUCUUUCCUUAGUGUCCUCUCCCUGGUUGCAGGAUACCCUCUGAGCUUCCUCCCAGUGAGGACAUGACCGCAGUGAAAGGAGCCAGGAGAUUCCCUGAAAACCCAGCCUGUGUCCACUGUGCUCCUCCUGCC